AUGACACACACAUUGCAUAUUGCUAUGAUUGGGCCUGGCCUGGUCGGGUCCGAGUUUCUUUCGCAAGUAGCUGCAUAUCAGCACCGGGCACUUUCUCUACCACCACUCUCCAAACCUCUCUACAAUCUGGUCGUAGUGGGCAUCGCAUCAUCCACUCGUCAUUUAAUCUCCUCCAAUAUUGAUCUGCUCACUUGGAAAAAGGCACUUGCAGAAAGUCCCUCGAGCUCACUCUCUGCAUUUCUUGAUCAUGCAUCCAAGCAUACUUCAUGCGUUCUUGUCGAUGCCACAAGUAACAACGAUAUCGCAGAGUCUUAUCCCGAUUUGAUUGCUAAAUAUGGCCUACAUAUCGUUACUCCGAAUAAAAAAGCAUUUAGCGGCGAUCUGACUCUGUAUCAGCGUAUUACAAGUCUGGCCGCCAAGCAUAACAAACAUGUUCGUCACGAAGCCACUGUUGGUGCUGGAUUGCCAAUUCUCUGUACUUUGAAUGAUCUAGUUCAAACUGGCGAUGAUAUUGUCAAGAUUGAAGGAAUCUUUUCUGGUACUUUGUCUUACAUUUUCAACUCGUUCUCAACCCCAACCACCGCACAUGGCAAGCUGCCUUUGUUCUCGGAUGUGGUCCAGCAAGCUAAACAGCUUGGAUAUACGGAACCAGAUCCAAGAGACGAUCUCAAUGGCAUGGACGUUGCACGCAAAGUAGUGAUACUUGCACGUAUUGCUGGAUUAGAUCUAUCCGUGGACACCCUUCCCAUUGAAAACAUUGUUCCUCAACCUCUACAAACAGUUGCAACUUCAGACGAAUUCAUGUCGCUUCUUUCAGAGCAUGAUAAACAUUUUGAUAUGCUGAACCAACAGGCCGCUGAGCAAGGCAGCGUGUUGCGUUAUGUGGGUCAAGUGGAUAUUAAAAACAAAUGUGGCUCGGUAAAGCUGGCCAUGUUUCCUUUUUCUCAUCCAUUUGCAGGUAUGAAGGGGAGCGAAAACGUUAUUGCUUUUACAACCAAAAGGUUUCCUGUACCUCUGAUUAUUCAAGGUGCGGGUGCUGGUGCGGCCGUUACUGCUUUUGGCAUGAUGUCCGAUCUACUCAAGAUUGCAGAAACAGUCCAAUAA